AUGGACAAGGUGCGCAUAGAAAAGGAGGUGGAAAGACCUAAGGUGCCAUCAGAGGAGGAACUCAGAAGGCUCCAGCACACCUUGGAACAGGUCAAUGAUGGCAAAGACUUGCUUCAAAGCCAUCAGCUUACCAUGGAUGAAGAAAAUAAUAUCGAAAAAUAUCAUAUCAACUUACAGCCCUUGGAAUCAAAAGUGAAAAUCAUCCAGCGAGCAUGGCGUGAGUACCUGCACCGCCAGGACAUGCCACACCACGAGCAGCUGGACAAGCGCAGUCCCUCCCCACCGUCUCUCUCCUCAGACAAGAUGAGCAGAUCCAUCAGCAUGAACACCUUUUCCGACAGCAGCACACCGGUGAGACUUUGGAUAAAUGAAAGCUGA